AUGCCUUUCUUCACGAGUCCCCAGGCCUUGCGCCUGCGUGACCUCGCUGCCAAUCCCAAUGCCCUCGUCUCCAUGGCCUCGCAAUCGUUCGACUACGGCAACAAUGGCGGCUUCGUCGAAGUCUUCAAGAAGAAGGCGCACAGCUCGCACCCCGACUUUGCCAACCUCACGCUGCUCGUCUUUGAGGCUGUGAUGGAGGUCGUGUGCGUGAGUGCGCCUGGAUACAUCAUCGCCCGAAUGGGCCAAUUCGAUGCAGAGAGUCAGAAGUUCCUGGCCAACCUCAACACCCAGCUCUUCACGCCCUGCCUGAUCUUUACCAAGCUCGCGUCACAGCUGACUGCUGAGAAGCUGGGCGACCUCGCCGUGAUCCCCAUCAUCUUUGUUAUCCAGACGCUCAUCUCUUACCUCGCGGCGAUUGUCGUUGGAAAGCUCUUCGGCUUCAAGAAGAGACAGUCCAACUUCGUCACUGCAAUGGCGGUCUUCGGAAACUCGAACUCUCUGCCCAUCUCCCUCGUCAUCUCGCUCUCGAAAACUAUUUCGGGCUUGCACUGGGACAGGAUGCCCGGUGACAACGACAACGAGGUCGGCGCCCGCGGUAUUCUCUACCUACUUAUCUUCCAGCAGCUUGGACAAUUGGUUCGAUGGACAUGGGGCUUCAACGUUCUUCUAGCCCCGGCGGAUACGUACAAAAAGGAGGACGGUGGAACCAUCGACUCCCUCGAGAGUGGAGAGUACAGCGAAGAGGAGGCACAACGUCUGCUAGACGAUUCACACUCGGACUACGAGUCCGGCAACGUCACCAGUUACGCCACUUCUGCUGAAACCAGUGACACCGAUUCUAUCGAAGACCGUGGAGAUAUCCUAGCGUCGGCCAGCUUCGCAACACCCACAAACGGCAAUGUCGCAGUUGCUGGUGAAGGCGAUUUCCAUGGCAGGACCAAUGGCAACGCAAACGGCCACGUCAAUGGCGACAAUGCGCUUGCCUCGCUCAAAAAGAAUGCCAUCCCUAAAGGCCCCAAGGGCUGGCCGAAGCGAGUCAAAGCGGGAGUUCAACGCACUGGAAAGUCCAUCUCGAACUCUCUUUCGCGCGCUGGACGCUCGAUCUUUGAGUCACUCCCCAAAUGGUUGCAGCGAACUCUCUCUGCAGUGUCUUCAUUCCUCGGAAGAUUUGCUAAGGGUGUCUGGGCAUUUAUGAACCCGCCACUCUGGGCAAUGUUGGCAGCAAUCAUUGUUGCUUCAGUGCCACAAUUGCAACAUCUGUUCUUCAGUCCCGGAACUUUCAUCAACACGUCUCUAACUCGCGCUGUCAACCAGAGCGGUCAGGUUGCUGUUCCCCUCAUUCUGGUUGUCCUGGGUGCCAACUUGGCCCGCAACACUUUGCCCAAGCAAGAUCAGCAUUCUUUAGAGGAUCCAAAGGUCGAGAAGAAGCUCGUCAUCGCAUCGCUAAUCAGCCGCAUGCUGAUUCCGACUCUCGCUAUGGCCCCGAUCCUGGCUCUCAUCGCCAAAUACGUACCUGUCAGCAUCGUCGACGAUCCGAUCUUCAUUAUCGUAUGCUUCCUCCUCAGUGGUGCGCCCACUGCACUCCAACUGGCGCAGAUCUGCCAGAUCAACAAUGUCUACAUGGGCGCUAUGUCCAACAUCCUCUUCCAGAGCUAUGUGGUCUUUAUCUUGCCAAGCACUUUGCUGCUUGUAAUGCUUGCCUUGGAAACGCAGCCAGAGAGCUCGGAGGUACGUCGAAGCAACACCGUGGAGGGGAGCGCGUCACCCCGCGCGUCUACCAAAGUUGUAUCGUUUCCUGAUGAAGGCAUCUCACCUCUCAUGAUCGCCAAGCAAAAAGAACUUGAGCAGAAGGAUUACCUCGACCUUGACAGACCGUCUAGACACUAUCCUGCAAGUAUUAGUGGCAAGCGACUAUCUGGUAGACCCUCAAUUGAGUCUAUGGGCUCAUUCAAGCCGCAAAGCCAGAGCGGAGAACCGAAAGAUGGAAACCCAUCGCUCACAUCUCUUCUUUCGGAGAGCUCAAAUGAUGCACAUCAUCAUGCCCAUACGCAUGAAAGAUUGGUCAAGCAUGUACAGAGUUGGCUGAAAUCAGAGCGCACCAGGCGGGCAUCACGCAAAGCAAAACGCAAGGCUGCAAAGAACGCCCGACAGGUCGACGAGUCUCAGGAAGUCUCUAAAGACCAGACUGAAGCUCAGCAAACUUCUCGAGGCAGAAGCGACUCCGACUCUUCCGAUGGAUCUGUAGCUUUGGAUCAGCUCACCAGUAUACUAGAAAAGACGCUGAACAUCACCCCCGCCGAUGCGAAGAGAAAGAUCAAUCAUGUACGCCGGAUGUCAACAGGCCUCAAGCGUCACUCUGCUGUUUCGGUUGAUUCGGAUUACUUCGAUUCCAUUGACACAUUAGUUCCCAGCUGCGACGUCGUGCUCGACAACUCAAAAACUAUGGCUUACAGCAUCGAUGACGCUGACCAUGAACCCGAAAACGAAGACACGGAGAGACGGAGACGAAAGGAGAAAGAAGCCUGGACGACGUUCAGAUACGAGAUCCUCCGCUUGGCACACACUCUGAAGCUGAAGGGUUGGCGAAGAGUAGCAAUGGAGCAGCAUGACGAAGUCGAUGUUCAGAGACUGAGCGGUGCUUUGACAAACGCUGUCUAUGUUGUUUCUCCCCCAAAGAACAUCAAGCCGAAGGAAGAGCGUACGGAUGGUGCACCGAUGCCAAAGAACCCACCACCUAAAUUACUUCUUCGCAUCUAUGGCCCCCAGGUGGAUCAUCUCAUCGACCGUGAAUCUGAGCUCCAGAUUUUACAGCGUCUUGGGCGUAAGCGUAUUGGUCCUCGCAUGCUCGGUACUUUCAAGAACGGUCGAUUUGAGGAGUUCUUCCAUGCCAAACCACUCACGUUCAAGGAAUUGCGGGUUGCAGAGACCUCCAAGCAAAUCGCCAAGCGUAUGCGAGAGCUCCAUGAGGGCAUCGAGCUACUAAAAUCGGAAAGGGAAGCCGGUCCAUUUGUCUGGCAGAAUUGGGACAAGUGGGUGGACCGCUGCGAGCAGGUUGUUACCUGGCUGGAUCAACAAAUCCUUGAAAAUGGGGACGCGCCGAUCACAACUGCCUCCGAUCGCUGGAGGAAGCGAGGCCUGAUCUGCGGUGUCGAGUGGCCUAUUUUCAGACAGAUGAUCGAGAAAUACAGGAAAUGGCUCGAGGAGCAGUACGGUGGACUGGAGAAGAUCAACGAGCGUAUGGUCUUUGCGCACAACGAUACGCAAUACGGCAACAUCCUCCGCAUGAUGCCUGAGGGAGAAUCCCCCCUUCUCCUUCCGGCGAACCAGCACAAACAGCUGGUAGUCAUCGACUUCGAGUACUCGAACGCGAACGUUCCUGGUCUGGAAUUUGCGAAUCACUUUACUGAAUGGUGCUACAACUAUCACGACCCCGAUUACCCGUGGGCGUGUGCCAGUAACUACUAUCCAACCUCCGAGGAACAGCACCGGUUCAUCCGAGCGUACCUCAUGCACACUCCCGGUCUGAAAACCCCCGGAGGAGCCUCAUCAAACCCACCUACACCUCACCUUGGCCCCCUCCCUACAUCUGCAAGCACCACAGCUCUUGCAGCUACCGCUGCACCCAGCAGUAUCUCAGCAUUUAUGUUAGACUCACGUGCACCUCCAGGCCAAUCCUACCAAGAACAGGAAGCUCAAGCGGAGCGCAACACCGAAGAAGAAGCCCAUCGCCUCAUGGCUGAAACGAAACUCUGGCGUGUUGCAUGCUCUGCUAUGUGGGUCGCCUGGGGCAUCGUACAAGCCCAUGUUCCUGGUCUGCCAGACUUCGAUGCCGUCGAAAACGGCGCCAGCGACGGCCCUGCCGCCACAGCCCUCGACGGAGCGACCACUGACGUCGAGAUUGAAGCAGAAAAGGAAGAAGAGAAGACCCCGGCCGUGAGUACCAAGGAAUCGGAGCCAAUAGACGAGGACAAACCGGAGCUGGACCAGGAUGCUGAUCUGUUCAAAUCACAGGACGAUGAGGAGUUUGACUACCUAGCGUAUGCUCAGGACAGGGCCAUGUUUGUUUGGGGAGAUCUGGUCGGCAUGGGUUUGGUCAAGAUGGAGGACUUACCAGAGACGUUGAGGCAGAGGCUAAAGAUUGUCGAAUACUAA